AUGGGUCGAACUUCACGCGUAGCUCUUGCUGCUCUAGCAGCUACAGCAAAUGCCGCAUCAAACGCCACAUCCCUCGCCGAUGUAUGCACAGUGGCCAAUGUGCAAGCUGCCCUACCCGCCAACGGGAUUAUUCUCGGCAUCGAAUUGAUCCCAUCGGCUGUCACGGCCAGCGCCCUGUAUAACGCAACGAGCGGCAUGGGCAGUACCACAACCACUACAUACUGUAAUGUGACGAUCACCUACACUCAUACAGGCAAAGGAGACAGUGUGCUUGUCAAGUAUGCCUUCCCAAGCCCUGACGACUUUGAAAAGCGUUUCUACGCCUCGUAUGGUGCCGUAGGAGGUGCAACCUCUACAGGCUACGAUGCUUUUGACUACAGCUACGAUGAGGUUGUUCUGUAUGGAAACGGAACCAUCAACUGGGACGCCACCUAUAUGUUCGGUUACCAGGCCCUUGGGGAAAUGACCAUCGUUGGAAAAGCACUUACAACUGGCUUCUACGGCUUGUAUACUGAUACCAAGAUUUACACCUACUAUGAGGGAUGCUCCGAUGGUGGACGAGAGGGCAUGAGCCAAGUUCAGCGCUUCGGAGCUGAGUACGACGGCGCUAUUACUGGUGCACCAGCAUUUCGAUUUGCUCAACAACAAGUCCACCAUGUAUUUUCUUCCAUGGUCGAGCAGACUCUCGAUUACUACCCUCCGCCUUGCGAGUUGGCAAAGAUCGUUAACGCAACGAUCACUGCUUGCGAUCCUCUUGACGGAAGAACAGACGGCGUCGUCUCCCGAAGCGAUCUUUGCAUGCUGAACUUCAACUUGAGCUCGAUCAUUGGCGAGUCAUACUACUGCGCGGCUAAAAACAGCACUUCUCUUGGAUUCGGCUUCAGCAAGCGGGCCGAAGGCAGCACGACGAGCUAUCAACCAGCGCAGAAUGGAACUGUCUCUGCUGAGGGAGUAGCCGUUGCUCAAACCAUUUACGACGGUCUUCAUGACUCUAACGGCAACCGAGUAUAUCUCUCUUGGCAAAUCGCUGCUGAGCUUUCAGAUGCGGACACGGUGUACGACUCGACGACGGGGACGUGGGAACUCAGUAUCCCAUCCACUGGCGGCGAGUACGUCACCAAGUUCAUCCAGCUACUGGAACUCGACAACUUGUCCAAUCUUGACAAUGUCACCUAUGAUACUCUGGUUGACUGGAUGCAAAUCGGUAUGGUCAGAUAUCUAGACAGCUUGCAGACCACCCUCCCAGAUCUUACAACCUUCCAAUCUACUGGCGGGAAACUGUUGCAUUACCAUGGAGAAUCUGACCCCAGUAUUCCCGCCGCCUCGUCGGUACACUACUGGCAAUCCGUUCGCUCCAUCAUGUACGCCAACCAGUCGUCAGACGAGAGUCUCGCAGCUCUCCAGGAAUGGUACCAAUUCUACCUCAUUCCUGGUGCGGCUCACUGCGGAACGAACAGUCUGCAGCCUGGUCCAUAUCCAGAGGAUAACAUGGCGACCAUGAUUGACUGGGUGGAGAACGGUGUGCAGCCCUCUCGUCUCAAUGCCACCGUUUCGUCGGGCACUUAUGAGGGAGAGGUUCAACAGCUUUGCCAAUGGCCUACUCGUCCUCUGUGGUCUGGUAACAGCAGCACGUUUGAUUGCGUCAAUGAUACUGCCUCAAUCGACAGCUGGACUUACACUUUCUCAGCGUUCAAGCUCCCGGUGUACUAG